GCUGAGCCCGGGGCUGGUGAGUACCAGCGCCCUGAGACCCGAGCCCCCAUGGCGCAGAAACCUCUCAGCACCGCUGCGGCCGAGCGCAUGAACCUCGUGGCCCAGGACGAGAUCUGGAAAUACCGCCUGAAGGCCGAAACUGAAGCACGGCAAAACUGGGCCCAGAACUGGGGAUUUUUAGCAACCCCUGUCGAGGAGCUGCUCAAGAGUACAGAAGAACCCCCCACCCCAAAGCCCAAAAUCGAGCUUCCCGAGCGGUUCCGCGUCCGGCCCGUGACCCCAGCGGAGAAAUACAUCAAGGUCCUUCCAUCCCCCCCGGUCCCGAAGACGACCCAGGGCUUCAUCGGCUGGAGAUCCGGGGUGCCAGACCUGAACAAGUGUCUGGAGCACGAUUAUGAGAUCAGAAGCUGCAAGGGGGCAUAUGCCAAAGAGCUAGGCUGGCCGAAGCAAGGCGUCCACUGAGUCCAGACAGACUGCAGGCCCUGGGCAAGAGCGGCUCGACCACCAGGCACCCAGUGUCCAAGCCCAGGAGGGGGGGUGCUCCCCAGGGUCCCUCUGCAGUUGGAGUUCCCCUCCCCAUUUGCUCAGCAGAUGUUGCAAAGAACAUGAACUAACCCUCUGACUUUUUCAAUUCAUCAACCCUCCCUUCCAGAACAUUCUCAUAACACACUC